AGAUACCAUUGAUGAUCGUUGCUAUCUUCUUUCUUCUGAUCCUUUUGUUCACCCGCCGACCUCCAUUCCUCUACCUAUAUUGUUAGUUGACGGAAGUCAUUCGUGAGCGCACCAACACUCGUAUUAUGUGAUUUUUGAUGAAUUUGCGUCCUGAGUUUGAAGGGAUACGUACUUCCCUGCUUCACCGCAAUGUUGAGUCUAUGUAGGAGAUUCUCGGUGAGCUACUUUGCAAGGAGACGCGUCUCCGUAGUCAGGCCAAGCUAGAUAUUCAUGCAGUGAUUCGUCUACUGCUUUUGCGGUUCAGGGAGCGAAACCUUAGUUUCCUCGUACUUCAAAGGGUGAGAUUAUAUGUCAUCACUGUAAGGAACCGGGUCAUAUUCAGUAUCAGUGUAAGAAGCAGAAUGUGUGCAAUUACUCCAAACAGGACGGACAUGUGAUCGUUGAGUGUCCUAAGAAACGCAACAUGUGCAACUACUGCAAGCAGGAGGGUCACGUCAUUGCUGACUUCCCUACGCUUGCGCGUCAGGGUCGUAGCCGAGGAGGAGGGGCAACACGUGGUACUUCUCAUCCUGGGGCUGCUUAUGCUACCACGGCGCCUGUGGCCGACUCGGCUUCCUCUCUGACAUGGGCUGAUGUUCGGCGUCUUGUGCAUGAAGCAUUGAAGGAGGCUUUAACCACGACUCUGACUUCUGCUUUUGCUACGGGUACGGUUUCUUCUACUACUCCUUGGCAUGUUGACUCGGCUUCAUAUAAUCAUAUGACCGGUUCUCGUCAAUCAUUUCGUACUCUUGAUAUUUCUGUUCCCUGUCUCGAUUUACAAGCUGCAAAUGGAUCACUUAUGUCUGUUGAGGGUGUGGGUCAUAUAGUUCGGCCUUCGAUCUCUCUCCCAGAUACUCUCUAUGUUCCUAAGCUCGUGCCUAACCUUGUCUCCGUGGGUCAAUUAGCUGAGGAUGGUUGUCGAAUUACAUUUGAUAAGAUCAGGUGUGUUAUUCAGGACACGAUGAUGGGGCAGGAGAUUGGGAGAGGCACUAAGAAGGGCAGGUCAUUUCUGUUGGAUUCCUAUUCUCGAUCCGGGCUACCAGAGGUGCGACGGCAUGAAAGGAGGUUGGAUCUUGGCGCCGGGCAGCAGGGUGCUAAUGGGGAUAGUGUGUUUUCGUUUUCUAGAGAUAAUAUAGUUUCUUCGGUGAAAUUAUCUGACUGGGAUUUAUGGCAUUUUUGAUUGGGUCAUCCCAAUUCUAUGAGACUUCGCACUAUGUUUAAGAAUAAAUGGUUAUAUGGUACUAUUUUGAGUGAUCAAAUUCAUGAAUGUGUUCAUUGUUUGCAAGCUAAAAUGAUGCAAAAUUCCUUUACUCCAAGCACUACUGUUUAUUUUGAUUCGUUCGAUCUUGUGCACACAGAUUUGUGGGGACCAUCACCUGUGAUAUCUUGCUUGGGGUAUAGAUAUUUUAUGCUCUUUGUGGAUCAUGUCACACGUUUUACAUGGGUGUUCCUUCUGCGUCAGAAAUCUGAGUUGUUGUCUGUUGCACAGGAUUUUCUGGCGAUGGUUUCUACUCAGUUUGAUCGAACAAUUAAGAUACUUCGUUCUG